CAAAUCCUCGACCGAACCAGCAGACAGCAAGAAAUGGCCACAGAGACAGCUAUGCCGAGAAAGAAGAUGCGCAUCCUGCUCAUGCCCUUCUUCGCUACCAGCCACAUCGCCCCCUUCACGGACCUCGCCUUUCACCUCGUCGCGGCCAGGCCUGACGACGUGGAGGCCACAGUUGCAGUCACUCCGGCAAACGCCUUGGUUGUGCAGUCAGCUCUCGCCCGGCGUGGCGCCAGUCAUCUGGCCACGGUCAAGGUGGCCACCUACCCGUUCCCCUCCGUGGACGGCCUUCCACCGGGAGUGGAGAACCACUCCAAGGUCAAGGCCGCCGCCGACGCGUGGCGCAUCGAUGCCGUCGCCACGGACGAGAAGCUGAUGCGGCCAGGGCAGGAGAGUCUCAUCCGCGAGCACGCGCCGGACCUCGUCAUCACCGACAUACACUUCUGGUGGAACGUCGAUGUCGCCACCGACAUCGGCGCGCCAUGCGUCACGUUCCACGCCAUGGGGACCUUCCCGACGCUGGCCAUGUUUAACUUGUCACGUGCCGCCGGUGCAGUCGACGCCGCCGGUGGCGUGGUGACUCUUCCGGGGUUUCCACCGCCGGAAAUUCAGGUCCCAACCACCGAGCUACCCGAGAUGCUAAGGAGGCAAGAAACAGCCGACGACCGUGCCACAGGCAACGCGGUACACGCAGCGCACAGGCGGUGCUUCGGGCUUGCCGUUAACACGUUCUUCGAUUUGGAGCACGGGCAUUGCGAGACGUUCGUAGGCAACGGUUACGUGAAGCGAGCAUACUUCGUCGGGCCCCUAUCGUUGUCGCCGUCACCAUCAUCGCCGGUGGCAGCCGGCGGCGGCGCCUACGGCUCACGGUGCAUCGACUGGCUGGACAAGAAACCGCCCCAGUCCGUGGUGUACUUGUGCUUCGGUAGCUUGACUCACGUUUCAGAGGCUCAGCUACGUGAGCUAGCUCUUGGGCUAGAGGCCUCCGAGAAGCCAUUCCUUUGGGUGGUCAGGUCGGAGACAUGGGCGCCACCGGAGGGGUGGGAGGAGCGUGUCGGGGACAGGGGGAUGGUGGUCACGGGCUGGGCUCCGCAGACCGCGAUACUGGCGCACCACGCCGUGGGCGCGUUCGUGACGCACUGCGGGUGGAACUCGGUCCUCGAGACGGUGGUGGCCGGCGUGCCAGUGCUGACAUGGCCCAUGGUGUUCGAGCAAUUCAUCGCCGAGAGGUUCGUGACGCAAGUGCUGGCGAUCGGAGAGCGGCUGUGGCCAGCGGGUGCCGGAGUAAGAAGCACGAGGUCCGAGGAGCACGAGCUGGUCCCUGCUGGGGCAGUGGCGCAAGCGGUGGCAAGGUUCGUGGAGCCCGGAGGGCCUGGGGAUGCAGCGAGGAAGAGGGUCAAGGAGCUCUCUGUGAAGGCGCGUGCGGCCAUGGCGGAAGGCGGCUCCUCCCACCAUGACCUUCGCGCCAUGAUCGAUGAUAUCAUGGAAGAAGCAGGAACGGCGGCUGCAGGACCAGUUCUCUCCGGCUGAUUUCAGCUCGCGUGGUGUGAUGUCGACGUGCAUCUGUUUUCAAGUUCUCAAUGUUUGGUCACUAUAUUAUGACAUAUGAGUAUGUUCUCAAUGUUUGGUCAAUAACGUUGAACGUAUUUUGUUUGAUUCC